GCUAUUGGUUUAAUCAACAGUGGAGUCUAUGAUAUGAUCGUAUGUGGAGGUGUAGAAUUCCGAUCAGGCACAGUCGUAAAAUGCGCAGCUUGAUGUUGAGAGCCAACAAAGCUAAAACUGCUGGCCAAAAACUCGCUCUCUUGGCGUCUAUCAGACCUGAUUUCCUUGUUCCUGAGUUGCCUGCUGUUGCCGAAUUUUCUUCUGGAGAAACUAUGGGACACUCGGCUGAUAGGUUAGCAGCAGCAUUUGGUGCAAUAAGGAUGGAACAAGACGAGUUUGCAGUUAGGUCGCACACAUUGGCCAAACAGGCACAGGACAAAGGAUAUUUGACCGAUUUGAUUCCGGUCCAAGUUCCUGGAUCAACCAAGCCAAUCACACACGAUAACGGUGUACGAGUAUCUCCCAUCGAGAGAAUGGCCACUUUGAAACCCGCUUUUAUCAAACCUCAUGGUACAGUGACUGCAGCAAACUCUUCCUUCCUCGUAAGUAAAAUAAAAAAUAUAGACAGGUUUUUAUAA